UAAGUCUAGUCAUCAUAAGGAAAGUUUUCUGUCUCACUGCAGGAUUUCAAAACUAGGGAAUCUAUGGAACUACUGUUCUCUUAAGGCUGACUUUGUUUCUUUCAUCAUCUAAGAAGGGAAGAUUUUCCUCUCACCAUGAUGCCCGUCUAAACAGGUAUUCUAGAAGAGGAACACUCUUAUUUCCUGGAAGAGGCUAGUCAUCUCACAUCAUUUUUUUUUCUGUGAAGUAACUGAGGAGGGUUGAGGCUGUGACUUAAUAUCUUGCAACAGUCAUUUAAAAAAAUUUUUUUUCAGCUACAAUUAUUUACCUUUUACAUCAAACUUUUCCCAGCCUGGGCUCUACCCACUAUGUCUUUCGUAAGACUACGAGAAUUCACUGAUCACAAACCUGUCCAAUAUCCCAGGUUAUAUAUUGUUCAUCAUGGCAAGCACAUUAAUGGCUAUUACACUGGGCAGUUGGCAAGAGUCCAUUAUGCAAAGCAUCUUCAGAUACCUCCUGGGCAUCCUGAAGACUGGAGACCUUAUUUUCAACCAAAAAGUUCCUUUAAAAUUCAGUUUGACCAAAUGAGCCUUGCCAACUACAUUUGUCAUCGAAGAAAGGACCAACAGCCAUAUAAGGGGUGGUACAAUGAAACUACUUACCAAAAAGCCUUUUCUUUGCCAUUUUACAAGACCGACCAGAUUUUAGCCACACCAGUACUUGAGCCUAGGCCACUUAACAUCCUGCCAAAGCUCAUCUCAUGUAAAGCUUUUGAAAGAAGUGGAUUUGGACUCCAAUAACAGCCCGGGCAGACAGAGAAAUAUUUGGUUUUCUCAGGUGACUUUCCAAUUAAAGGCAAUUGUAGCAAAA